ACAAGAACAAACACACAGCAGCGCGGAAGUGAAGUGUUUUAUUUCUUUUUAAUGUUAAAUGAAAAAGCAAUUUUAAUUACCACAUAAAACCUUUAACCACAUGCAUUUCACACAACCAAUGCAAUCAAACAGUCACGCCACAGUACGCAACAAGACAACAACAAAGGCGCACAAAGUAUGAGCUGAAAACUGGACAAAAAGAAAAUUUCAAGGCAACGUAGUGCACUACAAACGACGACGCAAGGGAACGGCAACUACGACAACGACAAUAAAAACGUGAAGAAUCAAAGCAAGAAUAAAUUGUUAGACUUCUCUGCUGAUCUAUCCGCCGGUGUGUUCUGUGAGCUGUAGCUGAAUAUAUGUAUAUGUGUGGUAUGUGAAUGUGGAUGCGUGUGUUGGCUGGCAUAUAAAUUCGCCACUUAGUUUAAAUACAAAACAAACGGAACGAGGCCACAGUCAGAAACAGAAAGCACCAGCACACAAAUGCAAACAACGCACAGUCCAACCCAAUAGCAGCAGGAGCGGGAAUAAGGAAGAGGAAGCACCAGAAGUAGAUGCAAAAGAAGCUGAAGCAGAACUAGAGGAAGACAAGACCGCAAGGCGUGCAUUGCAUUGAACUUGAGCGUUGAAACGCAGCAUUAACAUCUCCUAUCUAUCAUAAAUAUACAUCAGUUAAACUAUAACGGCAACACCACGGCGUCCCCACCAGCCAACCAACAACAACAACAAACACACGCACGCCAGCUUCAACAUCAACACCAAUAUCAGCACCAGUAUUUGCAUUCGUAUUCGCAUUCGUAUUAUCAUCAUCAAUAUCAGCAGCAUCAACAACAACUGCAACAACAACAGCAACAACAACAACAAAACAACAUGAGCACAGUGUUUGUUAACUCAAGGAAAAGCCCAAAUGUGCUGAAGAAACAGGGCACAGACCAAUGGGUCAAGCUAAAUGUGGGCGGUACCUAUUUUCUAACCACCAAAACGACGCUAUCCCGUGACCCGAAUUCGUUUCUAUCGCGACUUAUACAAGAGGAUUGCGAUUUGAUAUCUGAUCGGGACGAGACUGGCGCCUACUUAAUCGACAGGGAUCCCAAAUACUUUGCGCCCGUGCUAAACUAUUUGCGGCACGGGAAGCUGGUACUGGAUGGCGUUUCCGAGGAGGGUGUACUGGAGGAGGCCGAGUUUUAUAAUGUAACGCAGCUGAUAGCGCUGCUCAAGGAGUGCAUCAGCGAUAGAGAUCAGAGGCCGCAAGGUGACAAGAAGCGUGUCUAUCGCGUGUUGCAAUGUCGUGAACAAGAACUGACACAGAUGAUCUCAACACUGUCGGAUGGCUGGCGUUUUGAGCAGCUGAUCAGCGUUGGCAUGCAAUACUCAAACUAUGGUCCAUUCGAAAACAAUGAGUUCCUUUGUGUGGUCUCAAAGGAAUGUGCCGCGACGGCCGGACGUGAGCUGGAGCUGAACGAUCGGGCCAAGGUGCUGCAGCAGAAAGGAUCGCGAAUUCUUGGAAUUUAAAUGCAAAUACUUUGAGGGCGUGUGAUUGUGCCCCCACACCACAUAAUACCACAUCAGAUACCAAAAUGAUAUCGCAAUCAUCAUCAGACAUCAUCAAACAAACCAUCAUUGCAAUCAACAAGAACCAUUACAAACCGAAUGACAACACACCACAAUUACAACAACAAUAACGGCAAUAAGACAUGUUUAAGAAUAGUCCGAUUGAGAAUUACACAAACUUGAACAGUCAUUUGAAGUCAUUAUCCGCAAUCAGAUUGUCAAUCAUUUAUAAAACUAGCACAUGAAAAGCA